AUGACUAAAGGAAAACUUUUUGGACAAGAAAAAUCAUUUAAAACCCAAAAGGUUUUAGUUGCUGCCAAAUAUGGUGGUGUUGAUGUUCAACUUAUUAACUCUCAACCACCAGUUGCCAAAUUUCCACUUGGUGUUUCACCAGCCUAUGAAGAUGGAGAUGUAAAACUUUUUGGUUCUGAUGCUAUUUCUCUUCACCUUGCUGGAAAGUCAUUCCCAGAAGCUAAAUGUUCCGAAGUUUGUCAAUGGCUCCAAUAUGGUGAAGGAAAACUUGUUCAAACAGUUUUAAAUUAUGUUCUUCCAUCUAUUUCAGCUGCCAAAGUUGAUCAUGAUGUUCUUGUUGCAGCUAAAGCUGAAUUUUUAGGACAAAUGAGUUCACUUAAUGAGAUAUUAGUUGUUAAAACUUUUCUUGUUGGUGAAAGACUUUCUUAUGCAGAUAUUUCUAUUGCUUUAAAUCUUCUUCCAGCUUAUGAACAUGUUCUUGAUAAACAUGCUCAAACUAAAUAUCAAAAUGUUACUAGAUGGUUUAAUACAGUUGUUAAUCAAGAAAAAGUAAAAUCAGUUAUUGGUGAGGUUAAAUUUGCAACUAAGGAAGCAACCUUUGAUCAAGAAACUUUCAAUAAACUUUCAGCCAAAGCCCUUUCUGCUUCACAAGCUUCAGCUAAGAAAUGCGAUAAGAAGGAAGAAAAGAAAACUGAAAAGAAAGAAGAUGAAAAGAAAGUUGAGAAAAAGAGUGCAAAGAAAGAAGCUGUACCACAACCAGAACCAGAGCCUGAACAACCAAAAUUCGUUGAUCCAUUUGCUUCAAUGCCUGCUGGUAAAUUUGUUAUGGAUAACUUCAAACGUGUUUAUUCAAAUGAAGAUACAGCAACAAAGGCUAUUCCAUGGCUCUGGGAGAAUUUUGACAAGGAUAAUUAUUCUAUCUGGUAUGGAGAAUACAAAUACCCAGAAGAUUUAACACUUGCUUUUAUGUCAUGUAAUCUUAUUUCUGGUAUGUUCCAACGUCUUGACAAAAUGCGCAAACACGCUUUUGCUUCUGUUUGUCUUUUUGGUGAAGAUAACAAUUCAACAAUUUCUGGUAUAUGGAUAUGGAGAGGUCAUGAACUUGCCUUCCCAUUAUGCCCAGACUGGACAAUUGACUAUGAAAGUUAUAGUUGGAAAAAACUUGAUGUCGAUAAUGAAGAAACCAAAAAAAUGAUUAAUGAAUACCUUUUAUGGGAAGGAGAUUUUGGAGGUAAAAAAUUCAAUCAAGGAAAAAUUUUCAAAUAA